AUGAGUUCUCUUGCAUUUCUAGUCACGGAGUUGCAGUCGUUAGCAAGCGAGACACGUAGGAAGCAUCCAGAUGUCCGCGAGGCCGCGGAAAAGUCAUUGGCUAUCCUUCGCUCGUCUCCAGAGCAAGCAACAGCAAGCCUUGCCUCUGAUGGGCCCCAGUCUGACGACCUUCUACGCCCGGUCUUCAUGGGCUGCGCAACUCGGAACGCCAAAGUCGUUGCCAUAUCCCUCGGCUCGUUACAACGCCUCAUCGCGUUGAAGGCGGUGCCCCACUCGGGGGUACCGGUCAUAAUCAAUACCAUGAGCGACUGCAUGAACCAGGGAGUGGAUAUUCAAUUGCGUAUUCUUCAGACUCUCCUUUCGCUUAUCACGAACUUUCCCGCUGUGCACGGCGGACUACUGGGUGAUGCUCUUUUGUUGUGUUUCAAGCUACAGGAAUCGCGCAUCGCCGUGGUGUCAUCUACGGCGGCGGCGACCCUGCGCCAGCUGGUGAUGUUCGUGGUGGACAAAGUCGUGGAUGAAGAUCGGCGUGAUAUUGUCGACGUUACUGCGAUGGUGGAGACGACGCUGCCGAACGGGGACGUUAAAUCGCUUGGACCGUCAGCUCAGGAUGCGUUCGCGGUGUUCCAGGAUCUAUGUCUUUUAGCAAAUGCGGAGCGCCCGCGGUUCUUGAAGCUUGAGAUAUUACGCAAAACUUUUGCCCUGGAGCUGAUCGAAAGUGUCCUCACCAAUUACCACGACCUGUUUCGCAAGCAUGAUGAAUUGCUCCUUCUAUUACAACAUCACCUCUCGCCAUUGCUGCUUAAGGGUCUUUCCGAUCGGCCCAGCUUCCCUUUGACCCUACGUUCCACACGUGUAGUAUUCUUGCUCCUCAAGCAGUUCUCUUCGGAGUUAAAAACAGAAUCUGAGGUUUUCCUCAUGCUGCUCAUCAGGAUUGUCGGGUCUGAGACCGGAGAGGCGGACAUGAUCGAGGCUGGACACCCACAAGGAUCACGUCCGCUGUGGAUGAGGGUUCUUGCCAUGGAGAUAAUGCGCGGGCUAUGUAGCGACGCGGAGCUCAUGCGGAGCAUAUGGGAUCGAUACGACGCCGAGGAGGGCGGUUCGAGAAUCUUCACAUCGCUCAUCGCGUCAUUGAAACGCCUUGUAACCGAGAAGCCCUCCUUGCUUGGAGUAGGCACGCAGAUGUUUGGAGUGGGUGUUCCCGCGAGCGCCUCCUCGACGUCAGAUUUGAGCGGGUAUGGGCUAGAUGUUGGGGGCGUUGCUGGAAUGGUCGCGAAUGCUGCCAGCGCAACGGUAUCUGGCGUGGCAAGCAUCAUUUCCACCGAAGCGGGCCUUAGCUUGCAUGGUUCUUCUAUGAAGCUGCAAUGCAUCGACCAGCUGGACAAGGCUGACUCUCCUGUCAUCCCCGAGGCAUACAUCUAUCUGUUGGGUGUGCAAUGCCUUGUGGCGCUUUGCGAGGGCUUCGCUUCAUUUACCGGCCCUCUGUACAAUUCGCUCAUGAUCCAAAGGCCUCGUGCCGCCGGCGAGCCUGUUGUACGCGCACCCCCGGCCCUGGAUUUGGCUUCCCUGUCACCGGAGGAGCCGGCGACAAAGCAAUUACGCACUGUGCACGAUAUGAUGGAGAGUGGGUGGCCCGCACUCCUUGCUGCGCUGUCGUUUCUCAUCUCGACUAAUUUGUCGGAUGAGUUGUUCGUUGAUGUGCUUGGAAGCUAUCAGGCGCUCACAACUGUCGCGGGCAUGCUUGGACUCUCCACGCCACGCGAUGCCUUCUUUACGAGUCUGGCCCGCCUAGCGAUCCCAACGCGCGUAGUCUCCAGCCUUGACUCAUACUCAAUUUCGGCACAUACAGACCCAACGACACCACGAAGUGCUGCGAGCACAUUCUCGGAGAAUCUGGGUCUCGCACUUUCGGGUUCCAUAUCUUCUCAGCCUCCAGGUUUUUCUGAUCGCAAUAUGGCUUGUCUGAAGGUGCUUGUCAACAGUGCAUUGUUCCUUGCAGGUAGUUUGGAUGAAAGUUGGUUCAAUAUACUGGAAGCUCUCCAGAACGCCGACUACGUGCUCACACUCAGGGGCACCAAGAAUCCUGCCUCUAAACGCACCAAUACGGGCUCGGGACAAACCAGCCAUCCUAGUAGCCGUACUGCGUCUUCAAGUGGUUCUCAGGCAGCCGGCCAGUCUGCCAAGGCGGGUGGGGCACAUGGAUCUAUCGGCCAAGUACAGCAGCACUUGCGGCAUCCACUCCUUUCCGACCUUGAUCCGGAUAGCAUGCAGCAUGCGAUACAACGUCUAUUCGAUGCAUCCAAGAAUCUGGAUGACGGCGCAUUUCGACAUUUCGUCAGUUCUCUCUGCAGCCUGAGUUCUGCCAUGAUUGGGAUGCAGUCGGAAGGCAGUCAAUCGUUGUUAAUGGAUUCGGAAUCUGUGGAUGAGCUGGUCACCAGCCCGAGCCUCUCUCCUCCAGAGCUGGCCCACCGUAGGCGUGUCAGUGGGAUCCAUUUGCCACGGACCUUGCGUUCAGGGGAUUUCGGGAUCAGCAAAUUGGGUGGAGUUGCAACGCUCAACAUGCAUCGGCUGAUUUAUCGGUCCCCAGACAUUGCCUGGGACCCGAUCACUGGUCAUCUGUUGUCCGUUAUCCGCAGUAACGUCGCUCCUGCGGCGGUGCGAGUCCAAGCGGCGCGGAUCCUGGACGACAUUUUGGUUGUUGUCCCUAGGAAUUUAUCUAGCACUGGAGAACUCCAGCCCAAGGUUCAGCGACGCGUUUUGGAAGUGCUCGCUCAACAAGUUAUAUUGGACUAUGUUGGUGUUAGUGGCACAAAUACCGAGGUACGACGGAUGGGCUUCGAGACACUGCAUCAGAUUCUGCAGGCAUCUGGGCACACGCUUGUUGUUGGUUGGGAAAUCAUUUUCGAGAUGCUGGGCAGCGUCUGCAAGCCUGUGACGGUUGCCUUGGUGCCGUCGGCUUCUGUGGAAACCCUUGCACCUCCUGUGUCACCCGACACCCCGAGAGGCAAACCCCUUCCUUUGGGGUAUGCCAACGAGAAGGGCCAGACUUCCCUGGUCAAGAUCGCGUUCCAAUCGCUGACAUUGGUUUGCGAUUCCCUUACGUCACUUUCUCCGGAACACCUUCGGCUAUGUAUCAGUACCCUGGGCCAAUUUGGCCGUCAGGCGGAUACGAACAUAGCUUUGACUGCUGCGGAGAGCUUAUUGUGGGGUGUCUCAGACUCAAUACAGGCUAAACGGAAGGAUACGGAGAAAGAACCCGAGUACAGUGCUUUAUGGAUGUUUCUCCUUGUCGAAGUGCUCGGGCUGUGCACUGAUGCGAGACCGGAGGUUCGCGUCGGUGCCAUUCAAACGCUCUUUCGUACGCUGCAGCUCUACGGCGCUACGCUCAGCUUAGAGACAUGGGACGAAUGUGUUUGGAAGAUUACGUUCCCCUUGCUAGAUGCAAUCACAGCCGCAAUACGACAGGUUUCUUUGGCCAACGAAGGCGGGUCCUUCUCUGACCCCCACUGGGAUGAGUCCAAGAUUUUGGCGUUGCAGUCCAUCGGUUCGAUAUUCAAUGAGUUUCUGGCGUCAAAAAUUAUGCCGUUGGCAUCGUUUGUGGACGCUUGGGACACGUUUGCUGGACAUAUACUGGACUCCUGGAUGAAUGACAGUCGUGCUGUCACAUCAACUGCACUCCGAUGUCUGGACAAGGCCAUUAAGGCCCUUCCCUCGGAAGGCGAUUCCGCCGGGAAGACGGUGGGAGCACUACAACGAGUCUGGACGGCGUGCGACAAGAUGGGUGUAGCCAUCUUCACGAAAACGUCCAUCCCCGCUGGCGCUGUAACACCCACUCCUGCUCGCAGCUUUCAGCCUUUUACUCAAGAAAGCCUGAUGGUGUUCGUGGAUGUGAUCCGAAGUGUAAGAUCUGUUGGGAGAAGCAUCGACAACCAGGAAUGGGUUUACGAACGACUAGAACGGCUGAUGUCUAUCUUGAAAGACGUGCUGACAUAUCCGGACUCGCCAGACUUUAGACCGGAUAUUGACUCUUUAAGCCCAGUUCAGACUGUUGUCAUGGAGGUCGUUGAUGAUGUUAAUCUCUCUGCAUCGGGGGUGUCAUCUUUAGUUUUGCGCGAUUUGUCCGAAUAUUCAACACUACCAUUCAUAGCGGCGUUCGACAUCCCAUCUGCAGAAGUAUCACGUUCUUCAUCGACGCCUUCAAAAUCCCCUCAGAAGCGCGUGACCUACAUCGCAUUAUCCAAGAAGGUAAUGCCGAUGCUCGUAAAUCUUUUCCUUCGAUUCAAAGAUCAACCUAUGAUAUAUGUCGAUGGAACCUUGGAGCGAAUUUUUUCAGCGUAUGCGAUCCCUAUGAAGAUGAAGUACGAAUGUCCAGCUCCGUCAAAAUUUGGCUCGGAUCCCCCACUAUGGAAGACUGCUACGAACAAUUUCUUACGAAUUGUGAGGGAAUGUGGGCCACAGAUACAGCAAAUUGCAAACGACGUUCCAGGCAACUGCAAAGAGACGAUCUGGCGGCAAGUUAUUGAGACGUUCAAGGGGGCAAUAUUAGCCGACUGCUCCGCAACUGAAACUCUCCCGCCGGAUGUUCAGGAAGCGGAGGAGAAUUUUGAUUUGGCACUUAUUGCUUCCAUGGAGAUAGACGUUAUUCCUUACAUGGGCGAAGGACACAUCCCAGACUAUCUCGUUGUGCAACUGGCGAAGAUACUCCAUCAAGGUAGUCGCUUACGAGAGGUCGAUAGCUAUCUCUCGAACCCUCCUUCCCCUGCUUUGGGCACGGGCUCUGUAGCUCCAAAGCCGGAGUCUGACCGGAUAUCUCAAGAUUUCGAGAAAGUCGACCGGUUCGGCAGUCCUGAUAUGACUAUUGGUACUACAGAAAGCGGACGUUUUCUGCCUCGUGAACGAUUUUCAUAUUGGUGUUUCGAUCUUCUAUUUCUCAUCUGCUCUAACACUGCCAAAGACAAGGUGUCGUCUCGCAAACGGGUGGCGGCCCUUUGUAUCCCGACUCUGCUUGAACGUUGUAGGAUGACUCUUGUCGAGUAUAUAGCAGACGAGUCUCUCAGAGGGAAUCUGCCAUUUCCCAGAAUCCGAGAAGAAGAGCUACUGUAUGUGCUUCAGAAACUACACCGGUUGGAACUAUGGCCGGGGACAUUGUGGGCGGCUCUCUCCGAAUCGCCUUCGAAGUAUUGCGAGGAAUUGCCGAAUAUCGAUCAGUCACUCCAACCAACACAGCUCAUCACAGAUGCUGUCAAACGCUCGCGGAAAGCUCAUCUCUUUCAUUUCUACUCUGUACUUUGCGAGAUCGUCUCAAUACCACGUAAGAUGCCAUCGAUAUGGUCCUCAAAGGAUUCCCUACGCUCCUCCAUCACAGUUACUACACUUUCCGCGACAAAGAGCAGCGUUACGCAAAGUAGCUUCGCGGACGACGUUGUACAUCAUAGACCUAUUGAGCUUGAUGCAAGGACAGUUGUAAAGGAGUGCCUCAAGGAGAUAGGCAAAGAGAUGGGUGUGGGAAGAUGA